CCGCGCCGGAUGAGGCAGGGGCUGGCGACGGCGUUGUGGGCCAUGGGGCCGCGGCCGGGUUAGGGCACGGCGAUGUCGGGCUACGCGCGGCGGCAGGGCGCGCCCCCACUAUCGCGGACGCGGAGCCUCGUAGUUCCCGACGAUUUUGGCUAUGGAAAGGGGAAAUGUACUAAACAAGGUCCGUCGGGAGCCCAUGAGACGCGCUUUGGAGGUGACAAACUUGAAGACCUUGAAGAAGCCAAUCCAUUCUCCUUCAAAGAGUUUUUGAAAACCAAGAACCUCAGCCUGUCAAAAGAAGACACAGCCACCAGUCGAAUUUACCCGAAGGAGGCCUCGAGGCACCCACUGGGACUAGACCACAACUCCCCUGUCUCCCAGCCCAUGGGAUAUGGCCUGGAAUAUCAGCAGCCAUUUUUUGAAGACCCAACAAGAGCCAGCAACCUAGAGGAGGAUGAAGAGGACGGGUGGAGCAGAGCCUACCUGCCGUCUGCCGUGGAGCAGACUCACUCCAUGAGAGCCACGCAGAACUCAUCGCCCUGUGGCACCUACCUUUCCUUCUUUUCCAACGCGUCAGAGCUGGCAGGUCCUGAGUCUUUGCCCCCAUGGACACUGAGUGACACUGACUCCAGGCUCUCCCCAGCGUCUCCAGCUGGGAAUCCUAAUGUAGACUUUGCAGCUCAUGAAGAAUCCUUAGGGGACAGACACCUGCGGACGCUGCAGUUAAGUUACGAAGCACUGAAAGAUGAAAACUCUAAGCUCAGAAGAAAGCUAAGUGAGGUUCAGAGCUUCUCUGAAACUCAAACAAAAAUGGUCAGGACGCUCGAACGGAAGUUGGAGGCGAAGAUGAUCAAGGAAGAGAGUGACUUCCAUGACCUGGAGUCAGUAGUCCAGCAAGUCGAACAGAACCUCGAACUGAUGACCAAACGGGCUGUAAAAGCAGAAAAUCAUGUCAUGAAGCUGAAACAGGAAGUAAAUUUGCUCCAGGCACAGCUCUCCAACUUCAAGCGAGAAAACGAAGCCCUGCGGUCAGGCCAGGGUGCCAGCCUUACCGUGGUGAAGCAGAACACCGAUGUGGCCUUGCAGAACCUCCAUGUUGUCAUGAACAGUGCACACGCAUCUAUAAAGCAGCUGGUGUCUGGAGCAGAGACACUGAACCUUGUUGCUGAAAUCCUCAAGUCUAUCGACAGAAUUACUGAAGUUAAGGAUGAGGCAGACUCUUGAGAAUACGACCUGCCGCCGGGUCCCGGCACCUCUGCACCGAUGGCACCACACAGCUUCCAACUGUGUUCCUAACUAAGCAGUCCUCACCAAACCAUCUCACAGCCUAAGCACGUGACCGGGCACCUGCAAUACAGGGCUCCUUUCCACCGGUUGCACCUAACAGUUUACAUGAAGUCCUUUGGGGAAGUCCCACUGUUUGAUAGACUCACUGAUUUACUGGAAGACAUUUUUAUAAAACCCAGCAAUUUUUAGAAAGCACUAAAGCUGAAACAACAGUUUGGUAAAAAGCUUCUUCCACUGUCCCCUCAGAUUUACCUAUAGGAUGAGCUCCGGCUCAGGGCCAGUUUUACUAAGCAGAACACUAAGUGAGCCAGUGUGGAAGCGAGCAGCCUGUACAGGACUCUUGCUGUCACUCUGCCUCACGAACAGACGUUGACAUUGUGGCCUUCACGGACGGCUCCUGCUGUCAGCAGCCUCACCGAGGCAGCACCACUCGGUAGAUGCUGCUGUCCUACCAGGACCCUAGUACCAAAGUCACAGACUGCAUUGCAGAGCGUCACACACGCACUACUCUGGGCUACCAGCUUCGGGAAGCCAUUUGAGGCUGUUGGUUUUGAUGAGUGUUAACGUGUCAGUGCAUCUUUUGCAUAGUGCGGUUCAGACUGGAAUUAGAGCACACACCUACCUGCCUCAGGUCAGCACCAGUUCUUUGGGCUGGCUGGCUGGUUUUGAAGGACAAGCAGACAAAAGCAGCACCCUGUGCUGUGCUGAGGGGUCAGGGUUUGGGGACCACUUUCCUAUAGAUUUUUUAAAUUUCCCUCUUCCCCUCCUGUUGAGAUCAACAGCUUUCUUAUCUAAAUAAAUCUUGAAGAUCAAAAAAAAUAAAAAAAUAAAAAUAAAAAAAUAAAAAAAAAUAAAAAA